CUUUCAGGCCCCUCGCACGGUCCUCGCAGCGUACCAGGGGUACGUACAACGGGACGGUGCUUUCACGUGCUUUCCGUAGGAAAGUUGGCAAAUCCGAGUCCGACUCGUUUCGGCCAUGGUGUUCUGGGCCCCGAUCCUGGCUCUGCAGGCCGUCACAGCCACAGUGGCCACAGUGGAGGUGGCCAGCGUAACAAACGUCGUUUCGGGCCAUCCUGAAGGCAUGCUGUCCCUGCUGCGGCGCGAACCCAGUGAACCCAGUGAACCCAGUGGCUUAGUAGAGGACAUGGAGGAUCCACAGGAGGUUGAGAUGGAAGCAGAAGCAGAGGAGGCUGCCUCCAGCCUCUCAUCUGGGCUUCGGAAUGCCUCCGCCAAGGUCCUUGCAGAUGACCAUGGUGAAGGCACUGAGAUGAUCCAUGAAGAUCCCCCCCUGGAAGAUCCUCAGAACGCCCAGAACGCCACCCUAUUGGAGGGUGCCGCAGGUCGCCCUGCGCUGAUCGUCAGUGGCAUGUAUGGUCCAGCAGGUGAUAUGGGGGAACGUGGACCCGCAGGGCCUCAGGGGCUGCAGGGCCCCAUGGGCCCUGCCGGCGCCUCGGUGAUAGGUCCCACGGGCAGUCAGGGCAGGCCAGGGCAGCAGGGGAAGAUGGGCAAGACGGGCAAGGUGGGCCUCAAGGGCCAUGCCGGCAGCCAGGGCGAGCCAGGAAAAGCCUGUGAAGACUUCUACAAAUGGUCACAGCUUCUGGACUACUACAGCCAGGUGGUCUCAAAAAUGGAGGCGCAAGCCAGCACACAUGUCCGAGGCAUCAAUCGCGAAGUCUCGAUGCUACAGCAGCAGAGUGCCAUCUACACGGCGCGCAGCUUCGCCCUGAGCAACGGAUCGGUGGAUUUGCACAACUACAUGGUGGCGAACUACAAGCGGAUGGUGAAGUCAGCGACUUCUGCCAAGGAGGUCGAUGAGUACUUGGCCAGGAUGUCGAUGGUUACUCCCAUGGAUGCAUUGCAUGAGGCCCAGCGACUGUAUCCAGCCUUCAUCGGCACACAGAGGGUGGCCUCUGUUAUGCAAGCGCAGAGUCAGCACCAAGGGCCGUUCGCUGCACGAAGCCAUUUCGCUGCACCCGGAGAGUCUGGCAAGGAUAAAAAUGAGAAGAGCAAUACUUUGAGGUCGAGCCUUUCUGUCAGCUUGCUGGCUGUGGCAGGUGCAUAUCUACACUGACCCUUCCACCCGCAACGAAGGGCGCGGA